UGCCUGAUGGGAAUUUGAUUCAGUCAGAACAAAGGGAGUCGUCUUCAAUAUUUCUUUAUUGAUCCAUCGUCUAACCAGAAGAAAUGGAUUUGAGGCCUAAAGAAUCUUCUGCUGUUUUCUUUUUCCUGGUUAUUUUCACACUCAGCAAGUUCAGUGAAGUGCAAAGCAUUUGCUCAGCAGAAGUCAUAAGUUUUAUUAAGGAAAACAAUGCUAUUGGUGACAUAGUUACAGAAAUCAAGGCUGAUGAUGGGGUGACGGCCACAAUCACCAGUCAAACUCCAGCGGAUCUCUUCAGCCUUGACGCAUCACUUGACGGAUCAUACAAUCUCAUUGCUGAAACUGUGAUGGACUUUGAGACGUUUGACAAGAACACACCAUAUGAGGUGAAUGUUGAGUGUACAAAAGAUGGUUCUCCUACUACCGCAUUGGUUCUGAGAAUAGCCGUUCAGGAUGUAAAUGAUAAUCCACCAGAGUUUGCAUACAGCCAGUACUCACUAAACGUUGAUGAGUUAACAGAAGUGGGAACCAGUGUUGGUCUAAUCACAGCAAUCGAUCCUGAUGAAAGUGAUAGACUUUACUACCGUCUGGAUCCUGAGGAAUAUUUCUACCUCCAGACUGAUUUCAGUCCCAACAUUAUGGUGAAAAGUCCUCUGGAUUAUGACAAAGUUCAAAAAAUCUCAAUGAUGCUUUAUGCACAGGACACGGCAACUGGAUCUACAGGAAUAGUCUCACACACUACCUCAACCACCAUUGAAGUCAACAUCAAAGACAUUGACAAUCGUCCACCGUGGUUCCAGCCCUGUAAUAGUGACCCCAACUUUGCACAAGUGUGCAUCAUGCCUGGUUAUGAAGGGACGGUCCAAUUAAAUGAGCAAGAGACAGUUCCUUUGGAAUUGACGCCAGAUCGAGUGUAUGCCAUUGAUGGAGACAAAGGCAGGAACGAGGAUAUUUGUUACGCAUUUCUUGGAGGAAAUGAAGAUAAAACUUUUGAAAUCAACAUUGACACUGGAAACAUCACAAUGUUGAAACCAGUAGAUGUGGCAGGUCCAAUUGUUCUUACUGUCAUGGCAUAUCAGAAGGAGAACGUUGAUCAGUUUGCCACCACCACAGUCAUCCUGAAGGUGGUGAUAUCCAGCAAUCACCCUCCGACAUUUGUGAAGCCAAGUUACGAAGGUUUUAUCUCAGAGGAUGCAGGUGUGGACAGCCUGGUGCUGGAGAGCAAAACGUCCAACAGACCUCUCCGGGUUCAGGCUACCGAUGAAGACUUUUCUAAUGGGUAUAAUCCUGCCAUCAAAUUUGAGGUUGUAGAUGGUACUGAAUUCUCAAUUACUCCAGAGGGUUUCAUACUCAUGGCGAGGACAGUUUCACCUGGCACUGUGAAUUUACGAAUGAAGGUGGUUGACACAAGCAAUGGUGAAUCGAGCACCGUCUCUCUUACGGUUGAGGUCACGCCAGGGGUUCCCACUACCACACCGGUCACUACUAUCAUGACUUCACCCAUCGUAACAACAGAUCAGACCUCUAACACACAGCUAACAGACAUCACCACCACCUCUAACCCAGUCACAACUAUGCUCCCCAGCACAGGAGGACUACAGUUAAAAACAGGGGAGUUCAGUACGGAGGAAAUGGCGGCUGUAGGAGCCUCUUUGGCUGUGGUUAUCGUUCUCUGCUUGGUUUGCAUUGGACUGAUGGUGCACCGCAUCAAGGGCCAUAACACAGCCUGGAAGAAGAUCUCCGAGGCUAGCAUUUUCCGUAGCACACUUGGUGGGGGCUCGGGUGGUCCUAAGGAGGGAAUGCAGUACAGCAACGAGGGCUUCCAGCAUGAUGGGGAUUCUGGAAGUGUGAACUCUAAUUUAGCUGCAGACCUGGAGAAUAAACUGGAGUCUGGGCUGAAGCCACAGCAGAGACGCGGGCUACCGCAGGAGAAUAUGACCCCCAGCGCCGCCUCCGUUCUCAAGACCACCAGCAGCUCUCAGCCAGACUCCAGCAGCCUGGCUGAAACCAUCGACGGAGAGAAGGAAGUAAAACCAAUCCUGACCAAAGAGCGGCGCACUGAGGAGGGCUACAAAGCGGUCUGGUUUAAGCAAGACAUCGACCCCAACACCAAAGAGGACGUGGUCAUCAUUCCCGACACUGGUGACGCGGAUGGAGACCAUGAGGAAGAUGACGACAGCGAGGAUGAGGGCAACCUAAGGACUGACUUGGAUUCAGAAGACGAGGAAGAUGAGGAAGGACUGACGUCCAUUUGACACUCAUGUUUAUCCUUUUUCAUAUUCCUUUCUGAUAAUAAGUCUGUAAAUAUUCUUCACAAAAUGAAUAUAAUUUUCAGUUUCUAGCAAAACUAAGUCAACAUGAAAUCAUAACUGAGCCUAUUUGCUUUUUAUUUAUAUAUACACUGUAAACCUGAAUAAGUUGGCAAAACUUAAGGCAUUCUGUUUAAGUAAGCAGAACUGGCAGAUUUCAAUUUUGUACUCAUACAUUUAAUUGCUAAUUUUAGUAAAUUAAUUCAUACAUUUAACUUAAAAUUAUCAUGUAAUGUCAACGUAAUUUUUAGAAGUGGAGAUUUAGCUAGCUAUAACUGCUAAGUGGUUACACAAUGCUUUGAUAACAUUAGCAUAACAUAACAAUUGCUGAAAGAGUACAGCAAUGAAGAACAUUUAUCUGUUCUCAAACUAAGCUCAUGCUCCAUUCGUCACCAUGAUGGAAACCGCCCAAAAAAACACAUAACAGAAACUCUUCUAAAUUAGAAAUCCCAGCACAGUUUCAGGGAAAUUUAAGUUUGUCUAAAUUAAAAGAAGCAAGUUCAUAAAACUAAAAGAAAAUUGAACAAUUCAGAUUACUUAAAAUGUGUCAGUUUCGUGAACUCAAAAAAAAAAAAGGUCUAAAUACUCAAAAGUUAUAUUUAUUGAACUAAUUUGUUUAAUUUGAGUUUGCCCAACUCAAACCAAUUAAUUAUUUUGAGCAUUGGGGUUUACAGUGUAUAUAUAUAUUUUUUAUACUCAUAUAUACAUCUCUUUCAUCUAUCAUAUAUCAUAUAUAUACAUACACAUUAUAUUUACAAACUUUUCUGUUAGAUGCGAUUAAUCGUGAUUAAUAACUUUUGUGACUGAUUCAUCCGUGCACAUUAUUCUAAAGAAAAAAGUCUUUCAUAAAUCUAAUAACUUCAAUCAAUAUCUCUCAGAAAUACAUCGGAUUGUGGAAGUAAAUUGGUUGUGAACUGUUUCAUGUUGACUAGUGCAGUGUACAAAAAAUACGGUUACACUUUAUUUCGAUGGUCCACUUUAGACAUUCUACUAACUAUUAGUAUCUUUGCAACUACAUGUCAACUAACUCUCAUUAAAGUAUUAGUAGACUGUUAGGGUUUGGGUUAGUAAAAUAAGUUGACAUGCACUUGCAAAGUAACUUAUGGGAGCAUCAAAAUAAAGUGUCAACAGAUAUUAAGCAGACAGUCUGCACUCGAAAAAUGCUGGGUGGUUUCAACCCAUGUUUGGGUCAAAUGUGGACAAAAAUUUAAACCAAUGGCUGGGUUUGUCCAUAUUUGACCCCAAACAUGAGUUGAAACAACCCAGCAUUUUGUAGAGUCUACUAAUACUCUAACGACUAGUUGACAUGUAGUUGUCUAUAUUUAGUAUGUAGUAUGACUUAUAUUUAGUAAAAAUAAAGUGUUACCAAAAAUAUUUUUAUUAAUAGUAAAUAAAAAUAAUGUUUUUUUCUUUCACUGUAAAUUGUUUGAUGUCAGUUCUUUGUAGAAUUUAAUACACUGCAAAACAUGAAAAAAAAAAGAUUAAAUUCUCCAAUAAUUACUUUUAGCUAGAGUCAUUUUUUACACCACAAGCAUUUUUUUUUUCCAAAUCAACCUCAUGGUUUACUUAUAGUUGACUGCACAGGCGAAAGCAUUUUACAGUGAGUUCACUUAUCACUGGAAAUCAGAUAUGUGGCCUGUAUGGCGAGACAGUUGCUAUAACAACCUUGUGACGUAAACUGUUUAUAUGUGUGUUUGUGACAUUGCAGUGGACUGCUGCC